AUGGCCAUUGCAAAGAUUACUUGCGAACAUGUAACCUUAACCUGCCGUAGAUGUAUUGAAGAGGACUGUAUUCCGUGUGCCUUGGAGUCUGAUGAGUUAGUUCUGUUUUGCGGGCGAACGCAAUGUCGUAACACAACAGUUUUUUCACCAAGUUGUAGUCGGCUAAUUUUGUGGUUUUUACUGUUUAGCGGGCGAUCGCAUUGUCGUGGGGCAACUGUUCUUUCACCAAAUUCAUUAAGCAAGCGAACCCAAUGUCGUAAGACAACAGUUUUUUCACCAAAUUCGGGCGAUCGCAUUGUCGUGGGGCAACUGUUCUUUCACCAAAUUCCGGCGAACGCAAUGUCGUGGGGCAACCGUUCUUGCGCUAAAUUGUACGGUGCCUUGAAUGGGAGUCACUUCUACCGCUACUUUCGUACAGUGCCCUAAAUCUCUUUAUGGAUCCUUUGUUGGAUGAAGAAUUGGCUAAUCUGAGAUGGCCAACUUUAUCAAUAAGGACCAAGUGGAGAGGUUCCGUCGUACUGGUAGAGUGCGUAUUCACGAAGAUGAAUGUGUCAACUGGACUAAAUACGAAGAACUGUCUAAGAAAUUGAAGAUUGGAUUGCCGGUGAUGAUGAUGAUUCCAAAUACGAUUGAAAGAAUUUACAACAUUUUGAAGCUGCUAUUGAUAUCAUUUUUGUUUAUUUUGUUAAAAGUUAUAAACAGAGUAUUAUAAUUGCUUAUUAUUAUCCUCUUUUUUUGCUUGUAUUGUUAAAAGUGUUGUAUAUAAUAAGAAAUUUCGUUUCUGAUUCUACAUGUUUGAAUAAAAAUGUAGUUUUAUAAA